CGCCGGCAUUGACGUGGUCCAAAACGUCGACGGAUAUCACGUUUCGGCUCUUUGUACUUAACUGUACGGAGCAAAGGUACGGUUGGGUAUUUGUCUGCGACUCAGGCUCGGCCUUGGACGCGUACCCGACUCAUGGAGAACCGCCGAAUUGUCGCCAGGCCGAAACGAUUCACAACAAGCCAUGGUGUCAUUGCUUCCGUGCGGGACAACAAAUUGAACAAAUUGAGGCAAGUUUGUUUUGCUGCUUUGCAUGACGGGUUCUUGACGAGCUGCAGCGUGCCCACGGAGGUGGGAUUGCGCUCAUUUUAUGAGAUUACACUGAGCAGGGUUCUGUUAUCGAAGACAUCGCAACUCGGCUUAGGGCUCUCCAAUCUUAGGCGCCCCGUACUUCAUGUCACCAUGGAGGCUCUAUAGCACGCGAAUCAAACCACACAGAAACGUGGUCAACCAUCUGGCUAAUGUCCGAGAGAUAGCCAAGAUGAGUCGAAUCCUUCCCCGGCCAACCAUGCCAACUUGGUUGGUCAACCCCACGGUCCACGGAAGGAUGACAAUGUGGCGGGAGCGGUAGCGGUAGCGGCAGCGGCAGCGGCAGGUACACAGACGCACACGAAAACAAUGACAGGUGAAGGCUUGAAGCCCCG